CCCCGGCCUGCCGAAGCGGAAUGUGUGCACUUAACUGCUGUGCCACCGGGCCGGCCCCCAAGGUGUACAAAGUGUUGAUUCGAUACAUUUGCACGGUGCCAUGUGACUAGACCCGUUGUGGAGCUAACACCUCCAUCUUGUCCCACAGUUAUCAUUUCUUUCUUGCGGAGGCAGAUUUAACUGUAUAAGACCAAGUAUGGGGUUUUCUUUUGCGUGGGGUUCGACUUUCAAACUUCUGAAUUGAGGUUGUUCGGAAACUGUUUCAUGUCUGGCUCCCAGAAGCAGAUUCUGAGAGGGAGAUCUCCCCGCACGAGGUUGGGGGCGGUGCUCUCAGGAUCCACACCUGGGAGCGGGUCGGGGAGCAGCAGCAGGUGAUGAACCCGGACGUAGUGGCCGCGAAGGUUUCGGGUGAUGCCCUGGGGUGCUCGGGCUGGGAUGGCCCUCGGAGCCGUCCUGGAUGAAGACAAGCAGCCAGCCUUUGCCCCCCACAUUGGGUGUCGCUGCCCCCAAGGAAGGGACACAGCCUUGGGAAUCGGCAGUCGGCGAUUCCAGGAGGGGGACGUGCUGAGAGCAGCCAGGAGCCAACACUCUCAGCAGCUGGGGGCUGAGUGCCUCCGCCCUGAAGGGGGUCAGGUGGCACAUCAUGGCGUCCAGCACAGUGACCUGAAGUGACCACGGGCCGUGAUUACCGAGGAGUGAUUGCAGAACUCUCCCCAUGGAAGGAGCGUGUGAGGAGCUGUGGGAGUCCACGUGGGGUGGCUUUAUGGUUCCCAAGCCCUCGGUUUGCUUGGAGAGCCCUGUGGAAGCCCACUGGGUUAUCUUUCUGAGGGCUGGGAGCCAUUUAGCCAUUUUGCCACACGAGAAUUUAUUGAGUACCUGCUAUGUCCAGGACUCUCUUGUGGUGCUGGGGAUUCAGUGGUGAACGAGAAGCCCCCUGGAGGGAGAGGGGACCCACUCCAGAUCUCUCCAAGUCCCUCUCACGCCCAGAGGGGUCUCCAUCCUCCAGGCUCAGGGGGUCCCUCCCCAUUAUACUCAGAGCCCUGGCACAAGGCCGGGCUGCCUGAGGGCAGGAGGGACAGAGCCCCCAGGCUGUUCUGCUCCAGACCCCAGGCCCAGCACUCAGCGACCCCUCCCCAGUCAGACCAUCCCUGCCCUCUGCCCACCUCUGGCUGGCUGGCGUGUGAGAGAUGGGUGGGCAGGUGGGCCAAGCCCUUUGUCGGGAAGGAACACACGUGCUGAGCACCUCAGCCUGAUUAACUUUGCCGCUUUCAACCCAAGUGGAGGGGCUUUUAGGGUCUUUCGGGACAAUCGCUGCCUCCAAGAGCCCCUAAGACAAAGCCACCCCUGACAGUUAUGCUGUGUGCUUAAAAUCUCCAAGGAGGGCUGUUUUAACUUUUAAUCCCAAAUUUACAAGCCUGGCUGACUGAGCAGUCUUCACUCAGUACCCAACUGCCGUCCCCCAUGCUGUUACACACAGGGUAACAGCAGCCUCGUGUGUCAGGGCAAAAGACUGAAAACAAAUGCUUGUGCUUGAUGGUACAGCCCUGCGCGGAAUACCAUACAGCCAUAAAAAGGAUAAGGCCACUUUGUACGUGAUGUGAACUGCUGAGUUGUACUAUGAAGUGAAAAAGCACAGUAUGGAAUACUAUGUACAUAUCCUGCCACUUAUAUAGAAACAAGAAGGAGGGGAGGAUGCUCAUACAGGUUUGCUUGGUCACUCAUAACAUCCAUUGUAGAUGCAGAAGAAACUGAUGCCACUGGCAGCCUCCACGUCAGGGAACUGAGAGGGUGAGAGACAGUGAGAGGGAGAUUGUUGCAAAUUCCUUUUGAACUUGGAACUAUGCGCACGUGGUACCUGUUCAAGGAUAACCAUAACACUCACUUCAAACAUAAAACGAACACUGUUUCUGAGUUCGCUGGUAAGCCCCUUGGGCUGGAGCAGGAGUUCUCGUGUCUGUGCUCCAUGGCUCAGUGGAGAUGCAGGGCAGCUGGAGGCCUCAGCGCAGCACAGGCUUCUCCUUCCUUUCCUUCCACCAAAACGUGCCCCGCCCCCGCUGGGAGCUGGCACCGCAGCUGUGGACAAGGAGCUCCCCCUAAUCACCUGGGGAAGGGAGGCUGGUUCCUGGACCACACCCCAGACCUGCAGGCCCUGGGAUCUGCAACUCUAACAGGCCCCCCAAUCAGUUUCGUGACCACCAGGGCUACAGAACGAGUGGGCCGGCACUUUGUGGCCACCUUGUCAAUUUCCAGGAAACACACACCCUAGGAUGGAGGCCCCAGAGCCUGGACAUGCGGCCCCACACGGCCAUCCUGACCGCCGCCCCUGGCACCCUCUGUGGAUAUUUGCUCCUGACAGCUUCCAGCUGAGUCAGCCCUCCAGUGCUGGUCAGGUUGACCAGUCCCACGCACCGGCUUCCCAGAGCCCCUAUUGCUCCAGCCGAAGACAAGAGGCCGGACAGCCAGCCUCAGACUCCUCAGGUCUGCAGGCACCAGCUGCUUAAUAAACUGCAGAUGAAGGGCUCUGACUCCACCUGCUCCUCGGCUCGCCCCCUCCUCCCAGGAGGCCUCAAUGGAGGAGAUCAGCCACACCUGGGCAGCUGCUGAAGCCUCCUUAACAAGGGGGCGGGCUGGAGAGGCCCUGAGCCCAUAAGAAGAGAGGGCUGGGGAGAGCCCCUGGGUUACCUGAGGCCACCGUGCUGAGUGAGGGCUGCAGUACAGGGCUGAGGGUGGUCAGCUUGGAGGGCUAUGCCAUGUCCUUCCAGAGCAUCGUCCACCUGUCCCUGGACAGCCCUGUCCAUGCCCUUUGUGUGCUGGGCAUGGAAAUCUACUUAGAUCUCAGGAGGUGUGCCCCCCAGAAGUGCAAGUCCUUCACCGUCAGCAGCUCCCUGGGGGUCCUGGUCGAUGUCCACAACUCGGUCCCAGUAAUGACCAGGGAGGAGGUGGCCACCACCCUGUGGCCCCUGUCUGAUUCCAUGGACGUGCUAGUGAAGAUGCUGUCCCCCAGCUCUGCCAUCGACGGGGACAAGGUCUUGGUCUCGUACCACCAGCCCAAUGAGGAGGUCCCGGUGGCCACAGCUACGCUCUACCUCACUGGCAUUGCUGUCUCCCUGGACGUGGAUGUCUACCGCAGAGGGCAAGUCGAGAUGGCAAGUGACAACCGGGCUAAGAGAAGCUGGGUCUGGGGCCCCAGCGGUUGGGGCGCCAUCCUGCUCGUGAACUGCAGCCCGGCUGACAUGGGCCAGCUCGCAGACAGGAACACCACGAAGGCGUUCUUCCCAGAGGAGAUGAAGAAUCUGUCCCAGAUGACGCUGAGCGUUCAAGGGCCCAGCUGCAUUUUAAAGAAACACCGGCUGGUCCUCCACACCUCUGAGGAAGAGGCCCAGAGGGCGAGAGUCUACCGGCCCCAGAAAGAUGGCUCCAGCACCUUCGAGUUGGUGGUGGGGCCCGGCCGGCACACCUACACCCUGCCCCCCCUCGAGAGCCCCUUGAAGGAAACCUUCUACGUGGAAGCUGUGGAGUUCCCGUCCGCCAGCUUCUCGGGCCUGAUCGCCUACUCCGUCUGCCUAGUGGAAGAGCCUCCGGACCCAUCAAUUCCAGAGACCCUGGUGUACAAGGACACCGUAGUAUUCCGGGUGGCUCCUUGCAUCUUUAUUCCCAGCACCCAGAUGCCUCUAGAGGUUUACCUGUGCAGAGAGCUGCAAGUCCAGGGUUUUGUGAACACAGUGAUGGAGCUGAGUGAGAAGAGUAACAGCCAGGUGGCAUCUGUCUACGAGGACCCCAGCCGCCUGGGCAGGUGGCUCCAGGAUGAGAUGGCCUUCUGCUACACCCAGGCCCCCCACAAGACGAUUUCCUUGGUUCUCGAUACCCCUCGGGUCCUCAAGCUCGAAGAUUUCCCCAUGAAAUACUCACUGAGCCCUGCAGUUGGCUACAGGAUCCAGCACACUGAGGACCACAGGGUGGCCAGCAUGGACUCCAUUGGGAACCUGACAGUGUCCCCACCUGUCACGGUCGGAGGGAAAGAGUACCCCCUAGGCAGGAUCCUCAUUGGCAGCAGCUUUUACCCCAGCAAGGAGGGCCGGGACAUGGGCAAGGCCCUCCGGGACUUCCUCUAUGCACAGCAAGUCCAGGCGCCGGUGGAGCUCUUCUCAGACUGGCUGAUGGUCGGCCACAUAGACGAGUUCAUGUGCUUCAUCCCCACCCAGGACAAGCGUGAGGGUGACAAGGGCUUCCGGCUGCUCCUGGCCAGCCCUAGCUCCUGCUACCAGCUGUUCCAGGAGAAACAGAAGGAGGGCUAUGGUGACAUGCACCUGUUUGAAGGGGUCAGGGCAGACCAGCUCCUUUCUAACGGGAGGGAGGCCAAUACCAUCCAUCAACUCCUGGCUGAUGAAAACAUGAGAAGGCAGAACGACUAUGUGCAGAAGUGCAUCAACCUGAACCGCCAUGUCCUGAAGGCGGAGCUGGGCCUGGCCGAGAGGGACAUCAUCGACAUCCCACAGCUCUUCUGCUUGGAGCAGCUGACCAACGUCCCCUCCGACCAGCAGACCGGGAAACUCUUUGCGAGGCCAUACUUCCCCAACUUGCUGCAGACGAUUGUGAUGGGCAAGAACCUGGGCAUCCCCAAGCCUUUCGGGCCCCAGAUCAAGGGUACCUGCUGUCUGGAAGAAAAGAUCUGCCAGCUGCUGGAGCCCUUGGGCUUCCAGUGCACCUUCAUUGAUGACUUUGACUGCUACCUGACUGAGAUCGGAGACUUCCGCGCCUGCGCCAACGUCCGCCGGGUACCCUUUGCCUUCAAAUGGUGGAGGAUGGUGCCAUAGGCCCGGACGUAGAGCUGCCAGCCCUGUCGCGGCAUGAAUGGCCCAGUCUCACCAUGCCCCAGCGCUCUGAUUCCUUGCCUGUUGGAGGACUGGAGAGUCGAGGCCCAACACCCCUUCCUCAUGUUCACCCGCCCUGGGUAUCGAGGGGGCGAGUGCUGCCAGCUCGGACCCCACGGGGAGCUAUGUUCAGCUGAGAAGUGGUUACCAAAUGUUCAUUAAAGCUCUAGCUGUCUCAACGCA